UAUAGCCAUGGAUGAAAAAAUUCAAAAGCAGUGGAUGCAAUGGUAUGAAGAGAUUCAGACUGACGAAGAGUUGGUUGGUUCCGAUAAUGAUCUGAGCGAUCAGCCUUCAGAGCAUAAUGAGUAUAACACAGAUACAGAACAGUCUGGAGAUGAAACAGUUGGGAUAUUUCCUGAAUCUCCAGAGAUCUUGACUGAUCGUAUACCUAAAUUUUACGGAAAAGAUAAAACACCUUGGUUCAAACAAAAACCACCUGCACCCAAAGGCAAGACAAAAGCCCAUAAUCUUGUUACAAAUCUGCCUGGAGUAAAAAGUUAUGCAAAAAAUGCAAAGUUGUUUGUUACUGAUACGAUGAUAAAUGAUAUUGUAAAAUAUACAAAUCUGAAGUUAGAUUUGAUGAGAGAAUCUUAUCAGCGCCCCCGAGACUGUCCUCCAACUGACUAUGACGAAAUGCUAGCAUUUACUGGAAUCCUUUAUAUGGCUGGCGUAAAGAAAGCCCAACACCUCAACACUGAAGAAAUGUGGAAAACCGAUGGUACAGCACCUGACUUCUUUAUCGCUACUAUGUCCAAAAAAAGGUUUCAUCAGUUGAUUCAAUCUAUUAGAUUUGAUGAUGCCACCAAACGACAUGAAACUUCUAAAAUUGAUAAUCUAACUCCGAUUCGCCAAUUUUUUGAAACAUUCGUAACAAAUUGUAAACAAGCUUAUUCUCCGGGAUUUUACGUAACAAUUGACGAAAUGUUGGAGGCAUUUCGGGGCAGAUGCCGAUUUAGACAAUACAUAGCCAACAAGCCCGCCAAAUACGGCAUAAAGAUCUAUGGAUUAGUAGACGCCAGAACAUUUUUUACAUCAAAUUUUGAAAUCUACGCGGGUAAACAACCAGAGGGACCAUUUCAACUAAAAAAUGACGCAGCGAGUGUUGUAUUGCGACUUAUAGAGCCAAUUAGUGGUACAGGAAGAAAUGUAACCACUGACAAUUAUUUCACCUCAGUGCCAUUGGCUAAUAGCUUAUUAGUAAACCAUCGACUAACUACAAUAGGAACAAUGCGCAAAAAUAAGCCUCAAAUUCCUCGAGAACUUCUAGAUGUGAAAAAUAGACCAGUAAGGAGCAGCCUGUUUGCAUAUGGUGAAGACUCGGAUGAAAACCCCAAUAAGUGCCUUCUUGUUUCAUAUGUACCAAAGCGAAACAAAAACGUGCUGUUAUUAUCAACCCUGCAUGAUGAUGGUAAGAUCGACGAGGACACUGGAGAAGCUUUCAAGCCCGAAGUUAUUACAGACUAUAAUCUUACGAAAGGAGGCGUAGAUGUGGUCGACAAAAUGAAAUCUGAAUAUUCAACAGCACGAUUCAGUAAUAGAUGGCCAUAUACCGUAUUCUGUGGGCUUCUGAAUAUAUCAACCAUCAACAGCCAAAUAAUCUAUCGAGAGAACACAAACAAUAUUAUUACCAGAAGACAAUUUAUAUCGGAACUUAGUAAAUUGCUUGUCAUGCCUUACCUGUACAGACGUUCUCAGAUUCCAAGUCUGCCUUAUCUACUUAGUCAAAAGAUUAGAAACAUAACUGGAGAAAGUCCAACCCCAAAUAGAGACCAAGCCACUCAAGUCAAAGUGAAAUGGUUUCCUUCACCUCUAGAGGAUUCCAGAAUGAAACAUCAGAAGAAGAAACCUUCAGUUCAGAAAUUUUAGAUGAAGAAUUUUCAGUGUUUUGUUAGUAUUUUUGUUAUAGUUUAUAACAAUAAUUUUUCACUAAUGUAUAGCUUAAUAGUAUACUUGACAAUAUAAACAUUUAAUUCAAGUAAAAAUA